GCUUGGAGGAGUUUGACGUGGCACUCUGCAUUCCCUGCAACAAACAGACCAAGCGAAUUCUUCUCCAAUCUACAGCAUCUCAAAGGUCCAUGCUGUAUGCACGUUAUUGCAUGAGGUCAUCAUGUACUGUCCAGAAGCCCAAUUAUUGUGGCAUGAGAAGAGCAUACAAAUGAGUCAACAGGGUUAUGUUGCUGCACCUCCUUACUCCCAGGCCCAGCCGGGGAUAGGGGGCUACCAAGGUGGGUUUGGGUCCGGUCCUGCACAACCCCAUUAUGGACACUAUGGAGGAGGAGCCCCGUCCACGUUCCAAGCACCUCUGACAGGGAUGAAAUCACCAGUUUUGCCACCUCCAGUGUCCACUCCUUCCAGUCCAAACAGCCAGCAGAAUGGGGCUCCCCCACAAAGGUACCCUGUUGCUUACGGACAACCGCUACAGUCCACAGCGUACAACAGCAUGGCCUCUUCAGCCCCGCCUCCAGCCAUGCAGCUGACCAAUCAGAUGAGUACAAUGAACAUUGGCAACUAUGCCCCGGGACCUGCGUUUCAGAACCCCCCAUCUGCAACAAGCCUCCAGCAGCCUUUCCGUGCACCCCCUCCUCCUCAGAUGACCAUGGGAUCACAGUCGCCCAAUAUGCAGUCAUCCAACAUGCAGUCACCCAUGCAGCCUCCCAACAUGCAGCCUCCCAACAUGCAGCCUCCCAACAUGCAGCCUCCCAACAUGCAGCCUCCCAACAUGCAGCCUCCCAACAUGCAGCCGCCCAACAUGCAGCCGCCCAACAUGCAGCCGCUCCAGAUGGCCACAGCACCAAACAUGUCCAUGGGCAGCCCCUCGAUGGGCCGACCCUUCCCUGGAGCACCGCCUCCUCCUGGUCCUGUGGGUCCACCUGGAUACCCACAGCAAGCAGGUCCAUUUGGAGGCCACAUGGCGGGACCACAUCCAGGGCCUGGGGGAUUCCCUGCUGGUCCGCCUCAGAAGAAACUAGACCUGGACUCCAUUCCCAGCGCAAUUCAAGUCAUGGAGGACGACCAAGCCAAACAUGGAGGACAAGUUUUUAGUACCAACAUCAGAGGACAAAUUCCACCUCUAGUCACUACCAACUUCACAGUGCAAGACCAAGGCAAUGCCAGUCCCAGGUUUAUGCGCUGCACCACCUACUCCCUGCCAUGCACCUCCGAUCUAGCCAAACAGUGCCAGGUGCCCUUGGCAUGCAUCGUCAAACCUUUUGCCAGCUUGCCAAAGAACGAGACGCCGCUGUACCUCGUCAACCACGGUGAAAGCGGUCCCAUCCGCUGCAAUCGAUGCAAGGCCUACAUGUGUCCCUACAUGCAGUUCAUCGAUGGCGGCCGCCGCUACCAGUGCGGCUUCUGCAACUGCAGCAAUGAAGUGCCUGUCUUCUACUUCCAACACCUCGACCACAUGGGCCGCAGGGUGGACUUAUAUGAGAGACCAGAGCUGUCGCUGGGAUCCUAUGAAAUGGUGGCCACCCUGGACUACUGCAAGAACAACAAGCCACCCAAUCCUCCCGCUUACAUCUUCAUGAUCGACGUGUCUUACAACAAUGUUAAAAGCGGGCUGGUCAGAUUAAUAUGUAACGAGCUGAAGACUCUGCUGGACAAGCUGCCAAGAGAGCAGGGUGUCGACAACUCACCUGUGAAGGUGGGUUUCGUCACCUACAACAAGACACUCCACUUCUAUAACGUCAAGAGCUCCCUGACGCAGCCACAGAUGAUGGUGGUGUCUGACAUGGCUGAGAUGUAUGUGCCACUCCCAGAUGGCUUCCUUGUCAACUUCCAAGAAUCCAGGGCGCUAAUCUGCAACCUCCUGACCCAAAUCCCUGAUAUGUUUGCCGACACCAACGAGAGCGAAACAGUCUUCGCUCCUGUCAUCCAGGCUGGUGUGGAGGCAUUCAAGGAAGCAGACUGCAGCGGCAAACUCUUCAUCUUCCACUCGUCCAUGCCCACCGCUGAGGCUCCCGGUAAGCUCAAGAACAGGGAUGACAAAAAACUGGUCAAUACGGAGAAGGAGAAGACACUCUUCCAGCCGCUGAAGGGGAUUUACGAGCAGCUGUCCAAGGACUGCGUGGCCCAAGGCUGCUGCGUGGAUCUCUUCCUCUUCCCCAACCAAUAUGUGGACGUGGCCACCAUGGCAGACGUGCCGUCGCACACAGGCGGCUCUGUGUUCAAGUAUAACAACUUCCAGGUGGAGACGGACGGGGAGCACUUCCUGCGAGAUGUGAGGAAGGAAGUGCAGAAGAGCAUCGGCUUUGAUGCCAUCAUGCGUGUUCGCACCAGUACAGGCUUCAGAGCCACUGACUUCUUUGGCGCCAUCCACAUGAAGAACACCACAGAUGUGGAAAUGGCGGCGGUCGACUGCGAGAAGGCGGUGACAGUGGAGUUCAAGCACGAUGAUGCGCUCAAUGAGGAGACAGGCGCGUUCAUACAGUGUGCCUUGCUCUACACAACCAUCAGUGGGCAGCGCCGUCUCCGCAUCCUCAACCUCAGCCUCAACUGCAGCUCGCACUUAUCCGAGCUCUACAAGAGCUGCGAGACAGACUCACUCGUCAACUUCUUUGCCAAAUCAUCAUAUCGGGCCAUCUUGAACCAGCCGCUGAAGAACAUCAGGGAGAUUCUGGUUAAUCAGACGGCUCAUAUGCUGGCCUGCUACAGGAAAAACUGUGCCAGCGCCUCCGUGGCCAGCCAGCUAAUCCUGCCAGACGCCAUGAAGGUGUUCCCGGUCUACAUGAACAACCUGAUGAAAACAUCUCCCUUGACCGGCAGCACUGAGCUGUCCACGGACGAUCGGGCUCAUCAGAGGCUGUCCGUCAUGGCCAUGGGGGUGGAGGACACUCAGCUGCUGCUCUAUCCGCGCCUCAUCCCUCUGCACAACAUGGAUGUUGCUAAUGAGGCCCCACCCACUCCACUGCGUUGCACGGAAGAGCGUCUAGCAGACAACGGUGUCUUCCUUUUGGAGAACGGCUACGUUAUGUUCCUGUGGCUGGGUCAGGCGAGUCCACCUGACGUGAUCCAGGGCCUCUUUAACGUACCCUCCCUCGCCCACCUGCAGGGCAACAUGAGCGUUCUUCCUGAGCUGGACAACCCUCUGUCUAAGAAGGUUCGAUGCAUCAUCAGAGAUCUUCUGGAAAAGAGGCCCAAAUCCAUGAAGCUUCAGAUUGUGAGGCAGAAGGACAAACCUGAGAUGAUGUUCCGCCAGUUCCUGGUGGAGGACAAAGGCCUUCACGGGGGAACCUCGUACAUGGACUUCCUGUGCUAUGUUCAUAGGGAGAUCAAACAAGUACUCACUUAAAACUUAAGAGAGCUUAAAAUGGACACUAUUAAUUGUACAAAAAGCGGGAAACUGUAUUUUGGGAACAUUCCAAACACAGAUCACAGAGAAAGUGUGCCAAAGCUGCCUUUUUCUUUUUUUAAACCACAUUCCGGCUUAUUGUUUAUUUCAAUACAAGUCUACUUUUACUCAGCAAAUAAUGGAAGACAAAUGUCAAUGUGCCUUUUCUUUUUAAUGCCAGUCUGAAACAACAAAUUACAGUCGAGAAAAAAAAAAGUGGAUUAAGGAUUUUUUUUUCAGUAUCGUAUGUUGUCUUUAUAAAUAAAUUGACACUUGCCUUUUUAGGUGAAACAUUCCAAUUUGGUUUGUAUUAAAACAUAACCUCAGGUAAUGUGAGCAUAUUGUUUGUCUUAAAUACCGUUGAUCCCUUCUAUUCACACGGGUUAUGUAUUUAAACUACUUGCAAAUAGCAAAUACCAAUAAUUGACACAGCCAUAGAAAUGUCUAUUUUUGAAACUAAUAAAGCCUGGGUUAUUCUGUUGCAUCGUUACGCAGGUUCACUACACCCCCUACGAGUUUGACAUUCCCAUCUCGGAUCAACAUUUGCAAUAAAAUUGACUGUAAUUAUUAGAUUAGGCACUGACAUGUUGUUAUAUCGUGCAGAUAUGUAUUUAUAAAUUAUUACUGACUUAGGGAAAAUAAGAUGUGUUUUCAUAUUUAUGGAGGAAAAACAAUAAAAAUAUACAUACAAUUUUGGACCAAAUUUUCACAAAUUUGUAGGGUUGUGAAUGAAGAAUCUCAAAUACUUGGGGAUUUACUGUACAUACUUGAGAAGGAGUGGUGUACCUUCGCCUUACAGCCACUAAAAGGCAGCAGAGCACAAAAAAAAAUAAGACUGCAAUAUAACACAGCAGAUUGGUAUGUUCAAGGACCCAAAUGACAAAAAAGUCCUAGUCCUAGAAAAGGCAUAGUUCUGAUUCUCCAAACCUUAAAAUAUGCCUCUCAUUUGAAAUGAAGCAUUACUCAUUAACAAUAACAGGCAUACAAUACACAGUACAGGAAGGAGGACCAUGUUUUACAGUUUUCCAUGUUUUGUCAUUUUGCAAUUACAUACUCACUCCAGUAAACCUAUUAAAGACGAACCAUUUCUGGACUAUUGAGCGCACCUAAAUAUGAGCCAAACCCACCUAGUUAAAAAAAAUAUUUUUGUACAUUUAUAAGCCAUACAUAUUUACACACAAAGGCAAACUAUAACUAUAACUGGUAUAUGUAUAAACCUUGCAAUCCUGUGUACACUGGUCCCCAUGUCACUCGUUAGUUCCAAUGAUAAGCAUUAUUGAUCCUACACUUGAUCAAACUUUUUUUUGUCAGAUCAAAAUGAUAUUUGCAUCCACUUGACUACUGCAAUUCACUACUUAGUGAAGCUGCCUAAGCGCAGUGGAAACUGGAGUUCUUUUAAGCCAUAAAUAAGCCGCAGGGUUCAAAAGUGUGCAACAAAAAAGGAGUGACGGUGAUAUUACUGUAAUUUUGUUCCAUAAACACAGGAAGGGCACGAAAAUUAGUUAUGAUGUGGUACGCUGUGGAAGA